GAAUAAUAGCAUCUGCGUAUUUUCAGCGACAAAAGCAAGCAACAUCGAAGAAGCAAGCUCGGGCGAAGGAAUCCUGAACUGGCUUAGGGUUUUUGCGAUCGAGUGUCCUUCUUCGCCUGAAGCGCGUUCUCUGUGAUUGUUGAAUUUUUGAUGAUCGGAGUUGAGGUGUCGAUUUGUUGAUCGGAGGGGAAAGAGAGAGAGAGAUCAUGAUGAUUUCGUUGCAGAACGGGGCAGGGGCUUCUCAGGCGCCGUUUUCCGCGGAUCGAAAUGAGGCUGCCUUCACCGUGAAGGAUGAGCCGACUUCGUCCUUGAGUCUCAUCAGCUUCAAGGGCCCUGACUCACGCCGUGAAGUUGAUGAAGAUACGCACAUGCUUGUUGCUCAUCAGAUGUACAAGGCUGGCAACUAUAAGCAGGCACUUGAGCACAGCAAUGCUGUUUAUGAAAUACGUCCUCUCCGCACUGAUAAUCUUCUUCUUUUGGGUGCUAUCUACUAUCAGUUGCAUGAUUAUGAUAUGUGCAUUGCCAAAAAUGAAGAAGCUCUUCGACUUGAGCCGCGUUUUGCUGAGUGUUAUGGAAAUAUGGCGAAUGCUUGGAAGGAAAAAGGAGAUAUUGAUCUUGCUAUUCGCUACUAUCUUGUUUCCAUUGAGCUCCGACCAAACUUUGCUGAUGCAUGGUCAAAUCUCGCCAGUGCGUAUAUGCGAAAAGGAAGACUGAAUGAGGCUGCACAAUGCUGUAAUCAGGCACUUGCAUUGAAUCCUCGUCUGGUUGAUGCACACAGUAAUCUUGGAAAUCUAAUGAAGGCUCAAGGAUUGGUGCAGGAAGCAUACAGUUGCUACCUUGAGGCUCUACAUAUACAACCUACUUUUGCCAUUGCCUGGUCAAAUCUGGCGGGUCUUUUUAUGGAGUCAGGGGAUCUCAACAGAGCCCUUCAAUAUUAUAAGGAAGCUGUGAAGCUUAGACCUAUAUUUCCUGAUGCGUACCUUAACCUUGGAAACAUUUACAAGGCUCUGGGAAGGCCGCAAGAGGCAAUCAUGUGUUAUCAACGUGCUGUUCAGAUGCGACCGAGUUCUGCAAUGGCUUUUGGUAAUUUGGCUAGCAUAUAUUAUGAGGGAGGACAACUGGAUCUAGCAAUUCUUCAUUAUAAGCAAGCGAUUGCUUGUGAUUCUAGAUUCUUGGAAGCUUACAAUAAUCUGGGCAAUGCAUUGAAAGACGUAGCUAAAAUCGAUGAAGCCAUUCAAUGCUACAAUCAAUGCCUGGCAUUGCAACCCAACCACCCACAAGCACUAACCAAUCUUGGCAACAUAUACAUGGAAUGGAAUAUGGUGGCUACUGCUGCUUCAUACUAUAAGGCUACUUUGGCCGUGACAACAGGAUUAUCUGCCCCUUUCAACAAUCUUGCUGUGAUAUACAAACAACAGGGAAACUAUGCAGAUGCUAUAUCUUGCUACAACGAGGUUCUCCGCAUUGAUCCCUUGGCAGCCGAUGGAAUGGUCAAUAGGGGCAAUACUUAUAAGGAAAUAGGUAGAGUGAGUGAAGCUAUUCAGGAUUACAUCCGCGCAAUAAAUGUCAGGCCCUCAAUGGCUGAAGCCCAUGCAAAUUUGGCUUCAGCUUAUAAAGAUAGUGGACUUGUGGAGGCCGCUAUAAAAAGCUAUACGCAGGCAUUGCACCUCCGCCCAGAUUUUCCAGAAGCAACUUGCAACCUUCUUCACACCUUGCAGUGUGUCUGCAGUUGGGAGGACCGUGAUAAUAUGUUUUCUGAAGUUGAAGGGAUUAUCAGGAGACAGAUUAAUAUGUCAGUUCUUCCAAGUGUCCAACCAUUCCAUGCAAUAGCAUAUCCGAUUGAUCCUUUGCUUGCACUUGAGAUUAGUCGUAAAUAUGCCGCCCAUUGCUCCAUAAUCGCAUCCCGGUUUGCUCUUCCUCCCUUCAACCAUCCUGCUUCAGUUCCUGUUAAGCAAGAAGGCGGAAGUGAGAGACUAAGGAUUGGGUAUGUGAGCAGUGACUUCGGUAAUCACCCCUUGUCGCACCUCAUGGGAUCUAUAUUUGGGAUGCACAAUAGAGAAAACGUUGAGGUGUUUUGCUAUGCCUUGAGCCCAAAUGAUGGUACGGAAUGGAGACAACGUAUUCAGUCUGAAGCUGAGCAUUUUAUAGAUGUCUCUGCUAUGUCAUCUGAUAUGAUUGCUAAACUUAUUAAUGAAGAUAAGAUACAGAUCCUUGUCAACCUUAAUGGUUAUACCAAGGGAGCAAGAAAUGAAAUAUUUGCUAUGCAGCCUGCACCUAUUCAAGUUUCCUACAUGGGAUUUCCAGGGACAACUGGGGCAACUUACAUUGAUUACUUGGUCACUGAUGAGUUUGUUUCGCCAAUUCGUUUGGCACGUAUUUAUUCUGAAAAGCUUGUCCAUGUCCCUCAUUGUUAUUUUGUGAAUGAUUAUAAGCAGAAAAAUUUGGAUGUCUUGGACCCAACUUGCCAGCAAAAGCGAUCUGAUUAUGGACUCCCUGAAGAUAAAUUUAUAUUUGCAUGCUUUAAUCAGCUGUAUAAAAUGGACCCUGAAAUUUUUAAUGCCUGGUGCAAUAUUCUUAAACGUGUACCAAACAGUGCACUUUGGCUUCUUAGAUUCCCGGCUGCAGGGGAAAUGAGAGUCCGCGCAUAUGCUGCUGCACAGGGUGUGCAGCCAGAUCAGAUCAUUUUCACAGAUGUUGCAAUGAAACGCGAGCAUAUCAAACGUAGUGCUUUAGCUGAUUUAUUCCUGGACACGCCUUUAUGCAAUGCUCAUACUACGGGUACUGAUGUUUUAUGGGCCGGUUUACCAAUUGUGACACUGCCCCUUGAGAAAAUGGCUACGAGGGUUGCCGGAUCCCUUUGUCUUGCCACUGGAUUGGGAGAGGAGAUGAUUGUUAGCAGCAUAAAGGAGUAUGAAGAGAAGGCAGUGUCUUUGGCAUUGAACCGGCCAAAGCUUCAGGCUCUUACCAAUAAAGUCAAGGCAGCUCGCAUGACUUGCCCCCUAUUUGACACGGCACGCUGGGUGAGGAAUCUUGAAAGGGCAUAUUUCAAAAUGUGGAAUCUUCAUUGCUCAGAAGAGAAGCCCCAGCACUUCAAAGUUACUGAGGAUAAUAUGGACUUCCCCUAUGAUAGAUAGAUAUGAAGCGAGGGGGAAGAGUCGGGAUUUGUACAUAGAAGGCAAAGAGAUGAAUUUUAGGAACAAAUUCUAUACUUACUCAAAUGAUGCAAAUUUGAUGUGCUUGUCAUGUCAUUGCAGAUGAUGAUUUGAAUCUCAUUUAUGUUUAGGACAACUGGGUAAAAUCAUGUUUGGAUCCAGUUUAUGGAGAAUGUAAUGAAGUGUUGAAUUUGGUGGUGCAGCUUGGCUUUCUAUGUAUUGAAAUGAUUUGUGUUCCCUUCAAGUAAUUCAAUGUUCCUCUCUCUCACUCA